AGUGAUAAAAAAAAAAGAAAUUAUAAAGUCAAAUCACUAAUCAGCAUUUGUCAAUUGCUGCAAUCUUAAGUUUAAUGAUGAAUAUUGAGUUAUCGAAAAAGAACUUGUUCUCGAAUCGAUAAAAAUUAAAUUUAAAGUAUCAUGUAGAAUUCUACAAGUAUUUGUGCCGUAUCGUCACAAUGAAUACAAUAUAGUACACGAUUUAACUUGCAGUUUUUCAGUACUUCGAUCGAAUGAAAAACUGUUCUAGUCAAAUAUGAAUUUUACAAAUAGACUGAUUUGGUUCCUACAGAUUUCAGAUUUACAUCUUAGCAUUUUUCAUGAUUGGGAACGAGUAACCGAGUUCAAAGAAUUUUGUGAAUUAACUUUGGAUACCAUUAAGCCUGUAGCUGUAUUAGCAAGUGGAGAUCUAACUGAUGCAAAAAAAAAAGAUGGUAUUGGAUCAACACAGUAUGAAGGAGAAUGGUUAGCGUACCACAAUGUAUUGACAUCUGGGAAAGUAUCUGAAAAAACUAAAUGGUUGGAUAUUCGUGGAAAUCAUGAUAGUUUUGAUGUAAACAAUUUAGAUUCUCCAAAAAAUUUUUACCGUAAAUAUUCUGAACAAGGCCAGUCUCACCCUCGAUCGUACAAAUACAAAGUUACAAAUCAUGCCGGAAUGAGUCUUAAUAUGAUUGCGGUUGAUGCCUGCUUGGAUCCUGGACCAAAAAGACCAUUUAAUUUUAUUGGAAACUUGGACGAAUAUGAAAUACUUCAAUUGCAAUCUUUAGCAAAUAAUACCAAAGAUCCUAUUGUUUGGUUUGGUCACUAUCCAACUUCAUGCAUACUUACAACAGGAAGUAAAACUGUAAGGUUAAUUAUAGGUGAAAAUCCAAUGUCUAUUGUAUACUUAUGUGGCCAUUUACAUACAUUAGGUGGUUUGGUGCCACAAAUGUAUACAAUGCAAAAUGAAGGAUUUGCAGAGUUAGAAUUAGCUGAUUGGAAAGAUGGUAGAAUGUUUCGAUUAUUAGCAUUUGAUCAAGGUUCAUUUGCAUUUAUUGACAUACGCCAUGGUCAAUGGCCAAUUAUAUUAGUCACUAAUCCAAAAACACCAUGGCUUACUAUACGAGAUAUGGAAACUGAAGAAGAUCGAAAGGCAAAUAUUAAAUAUAUAAGAAUAUUAACUUUUUCGGUUGAUCCUAUUAAACAUGUAUUAAUACAAAUUGAUAUGGAAUAUAAAUGGAGAAAUUGUAGUAAUGUGGAGGGUAGUCCUCUUUAUAUAACUGAAUGGGAUAAUAAUGCAUAUUCAAGUGGAUUGCAUACAUUAAAGGUUAGAGUGGAAGAUAUUCAAGGGCGUAAACAUGAAAUUAACCAUCCUUUUUCUUUAGACAAUUCUAAACCAGCACUAAAAUUAUUUUCACAAUGGCCACUUAGUGUUUAUUUUCCUGAUGUGUUACUUCUGAUGUUUGUGAUUGCAUCUUUGGCUAAUCUGUUGCCGCUUAUAAUUUAUCGAUUUAUUAGCAAAUGCACAAAGUGUAGAAUCAGCUAUAAUACAAAAUUGUCACCGAUCAUGAGAUACUCAAGAAAAAUGAUUUUAUUGUCAAGUGUGAAUCGUAUAUUUUACACGUUGCUUUUAUUUUACAUUUAUUUGUGUUUAGGUCCUUGGGCUGUUGGAGAACUUGUAACUGACUUUAUAGGUUGGGUUUUUCCUUGGGGUAUAUAUGUCAAGGGAAAACUUAUAAAGGAUUCUUUUAUAUAUGCAUAUGGUUUUGGACAAAUUUUAACUUUUCAAUUGCCUCUUAAUUUUAUACUUGGUCACCGACUUGAUAAAAGAAUGCAAUCAUUGCCAAAUAUCCAGUACACUUUAGUUACCUCACCAUAUAUUUAUGUGGAUAUGAUUUUUUUCUUUCUUAUAAUUUGGCAAAUUGUGUGUUGUCUAUGGUUUUUUGGAGCAUAUGGUUGGAUAGCUACUAUAUUUGGCCCAUUAAAAACAUGGUCAAUAUUUAUUGCACUUUGGCUUUGGAAUGAAACACGAAGAAUUACUACAAAUGAGAUACGAUAUGCAACAGGAGUAAUGGAAAAACUAAAUACAAAUUAAAAAUUGUAUAAUUGUUUAUUUCACAAUUUCGUAAAAAUACAUUAUUGUUAAUAGAAUAUUGUUGAUGUCCUAUAUUGACAUUAGUCAACAUUAUUUAAUGAUCUUUAUAAUUUAAUUUACUACUAAUUAUAUAAAU